AAAUCAUGAUUGAUUCCAGGACAGGAGUUGGCGGCACUUUAAACGUUUGUUUGCGGACCGCCAUGAAGAAGAAGAAAACCUCGCCAACAACACAACGUCAAUCCCGGAAAUACGACACGAACAAAGAGGAGAACAACACGAGACUCAGUCGUAUCGAUUGUGCUGUGGACAAACUACGCGGUGAGAUUCUCCUCUCCUCCUGGAACCCAAUGAUCCCGUUGUUGGACAGGCCUUCACCUUGUCAUCAUCGACUAAUGGGACAAUGGAAGAAGAGAGCCAGGACUGUGUCAGAGUGUCUGACAGCUCAGCUGAGGCUAUGGAGGAGUUAAGCAUCACAGAGUGUAGAGUAGUGGACCAGAGCCUGUGUACUACUGAUCCUCCCAUGAAGUCUCUUGACAACUUUGAAGCAGAAAUCUACGAUCAUGAGGGCAAGGGAGCAUACAGGUUCCAGUGCCCCAGUGCAGGUCUGUUCCAGUGCAGUAUAACAGGCCUGGUGUUCAGGAUGGAGGGAGAAGGAGAGGUGCUCUAUAGGACAGUCCACUGGGACAUGAGGCUUCUUUCCCAGAAUGGAAAGAGGCCUGCAGGACCCUGUUCAACAUCGACUGUCCUCAGAAGUCUGUCUGUCAACUACACCUCCCACACUGUCAGAUUCAUUCUGACAGCAGAAUUUCUGGAUUUCCAGUCCUAUGAAAACUACUUCCCCACAUUUCAGUUGUUCUUGCUGACUGUUGUUAAAGAGUUUGAUCUCCUUCUGAAAGAAAAUGGCAGCACUGAAAAUCAAUGGGAGAGACAUGUCUGGCUUCCAGCUCCUGUCCAGGUCCAACCUCACGGGCCUGUGGCACCAGUACCAGCAGCUUCUGCCCAGCCUCAUGGGCCUGCAGUUCCUAUCCAGCUUCAGGCAGUUCCAACUCUGCAUCAGCCUGCACCUCAGCCAGCAGGCCCCGCCCAGGUCCAGCCUCAUGGGCCUGUGGCACCAGUACCAGCAGGCCCCGCCCAGGUCCAGCCUCAUGGGCCUGCAGCUCCUACUGCUGUUGUCCGUCCAUCUGUCCGUGAAGAUUAACUAGACUUGAGAUAAUCAAAUCAGCGGCUUCCAAAUAAACAUUUAAUGAAAAGUAUCUUAAAGGAGCAAUCUGUGAUUUAGUAGAGCUGGGAAUUUCCAGGGACCUCACAAUACAAUACUUCAGUGCCGAUACGAUAUGUAUUGCAAUUCUAUACUGAACAAAAAUGUAAACGAAACAAGAACCCCCAAAAAUGUCAUAAGCACAGAAAGCUUAUUUCUCUCAAAUGUUAUGCACAAAGUUGCUUACUUCCCAGUUAGUGAGCAUGUCUUGUUUGAUAGGAUAAUCCAUCCACGUGACAGAUGUGGCUUAUCAAGAAGUUGAUUAAAACAGCAUGAUCAUUACACAGGUGCACCUUGUGCUGGGGACAAAAGCCCACUCUAAAAUGUGCCGUUUUGAUGCACAACACUACAGAUAUCUCAAGUUUUGUGGGUGGGUGCAAUUGGCAUGCUGACCGCAGGAAUGUCCACCAGAGCUGUUGCCAGAUAAUUUUAUGAUUUUUUCUCGGCCAUAAGCUCCAACGUUGUUUUAGAGAAUUUGGCAGUAUGUCCAAUCGGCCUCACAACCUCCUACAAAGUGUAACCAUGCCAGCCCAGGGCCUCCACAUUCGGUUUCAUCAUCUGAGACCAGCCAUCCGGACAGCUGAGGAAACUGAUGAGCAUUUUUGUCUGUAAUCAGUCCUUUUUGUGGAGGGAAAAACUCAUUCUGAUUGGCUGGGCAUGGCUCCCCAGUGGGUAGGCCUAUGCCCACCCAUGGCUGCGCCCCUGCCCAAUAGUGAAAUUCAUAGAUUAGAGACUAAAUAAUUCAUUUCAGUUGACUGAUUUCCUAAUAUGAUAUCAGAUAUUUUAUACACCAGGGUUGUGCUCAAUUCGGAAUUUGGGAAUUGACUCCCAUUCCACUUGUGAGUUGAAAUUAAAUUUCAAUCGGCCACAACACAGGAUGUAGAAUAUGAAUUUGAGUGACAGGAAAUUCAAAGAAAUUUCACUCGGUCAUAGAACAUGAGUUUCAUUGAAUCUGUCUGACAGGUCACACUUCCAGAAACCAAAGAAUAUAUCACUUUUCUCUGGAAACAAUGUUCAUAUACUCUAUUAACCUUACUGCUUAGAAUAAACCAUUAUAUUUCCACCAACCA